AUGAGCAGCAAGUCAGAGACAGGAUCCAUCAAGCGAGCCAAACGGUCCUCAUCAGCCAAGUUCAAAAAGUUGCUCGGCCUCGAUAGUCCUUCGAGCUCGCAUAGCUCGAUCAAGACAGCAUCGCCCGCUGCCUCCUUAGGCUCGCCCAGCCCUUCGGCGACGACGACACUGAGCAGGAAGAACGUUGCUGUCAGCAACGAAUCGCCGUCUCCGUCACCCACAGCUCCGUCGGUCAGGUCUCGCAAGAUCUCAAAAUCGAAGCAGAGCGGCGUGGUAGCGCCCUCACAGGCCCCGCCUAUGCCACCCAUGCCGUGGCCAGCGCCUGCUAGCAGUAGCGUACCUGCCCCGAUCUCCGAUGCCGGUUCAUCGCCCUCAUCGUCUGGGAAGCGACAGAGCGUGACUUUGCUCAAAGGUUCGAGUACCUCUGCAGGCCUCUCCAAGUCGAGCAGCUCGUCGUCUCUUGCCGCUGUUGUGACGCCCGCUACCGUCACUACCACCUCUGUGACGACCACACUAGGCUCAUCAUCUCUCUCUUCCAGUCCGAUUGCAAACCUGCCAGUUCGCGCGUCACCUCCGCAGACGACGAUGACUGGUCGCGCCACCGCUCCUAUCAGUGCUGCCGAUCUCAGCCCACGGACACCUAACGAUGGCAAACUGCGGCUAUUCCCUGACGCAGAACGUGAUCAGCAAGCACGCUUGGCACGCUCAGUCGAUGACGAGACGUUCAGGUCAAGAAAAGCCUCUGGCGACCUCGUCAGUUCAGCACAGGGACCGCAGCCAAUACCUGCAGCGCUUCGCUCACGAUUACCAUCGGCCUCAGUCACGUCGUGUUCGCCCGCGCCUUCUGCCGUUCAGUCGGACAGUCUUGAUGGCGUCGCGUCGAUGCUCCGUUCGAAGCUCGAUGCUGACACGGAAGCGCACAAGAUUGCAGCUGCAGAUGAGCAAGAGAGAACGAGGCCGGUCGAGCAUGCCAAGCUCAGAAAGAAGCCUCCCCCAGAGAUUCUCGCCAACGUCAGCGCUAUCGCACCUACUGUACCAGAAACACCGCAGGCAGAGGCGAAUGUUGCUACUGACCACUCUGCUCCAUCGGACAUCAUCACAGGCCAACAAGACUUGAAGGACGAGAUCGCCGCGGUCACAGACGAAGAGACUGUCGUAUCGUCUGACCAUUCAGACUCGCCAGAAAGCAAACACCGUAUUGUCACACCACAACAGCCUGUCUCGGCGGUACAAGCGCGCUCACCGAUUGACGAACUCGUGUCUACAUACGUGCGACUGCCCUUUCGGCUCAGCCUCGCCACUUUGGCGCAUGCACCUUUUAUAGGCUCUACAUUCGAGACACAUGUGCGCUCUGCCUCCCAGCCAGACGGCGUUGUAGGCCAUCUCUGGGAUGCUACCGUCGUCAGCGUUCGAGCUGGUCAGUUCGUCACACUCAAGAUCAUCGAGCCGUAUGCUCCCCAGGCGAUUGUCGAUAUAGUCCGCGACCCACUCUCACGAAUCUCAUGA